AUGUGGACAAGCCUCGAAGCAGCUUGUGAGCUGACGAUGAGGACCUCUCGCGAAACCGUUGCUGAACCCGACAAGACACAGGUAAAUGAGGACUGGUGUAUUACGCGUUUCGUCGUCAUCCUCAUCAUGGCUGUCGUCGUAAUGGGAACAUCAUGGUUCAGGGGCAUCCGCGCUAUUCCUUCAGCCAAGAACGGAGACGAUCACAGCGCUCAAUCAUUCAAAUCAAGCAGAUUGCAGGAUACCGAGGACCAGGAGUUAGAGUUGUACGCCAAGGCUGCCGCCGAGUUCAAAGUCUCCUGGCAGAAACAUAAACAAGAAAGGGAGAAUAAGGUUUUGCAAGCUGUGCGAACUGAGCUCAAUGGAUAUUUAAGUGGCAAACGCGCUGCGAUGGAGGAAGUCACCGUUAAGAUCGAACAAGCCUAUCAAAAUUACCUUGCUCAAACCACAGUCAUGGAAGACAAGAUACGUGCUGUGAUGGUAGCCAUCGUUGAGAAACAACAGAAAUUACUUUCGUUGGCAGUCCAGAAACACCAGAAGGUUAUAGAAGUCGGUCAAGAUGUUGAAGCAGCCCAGACAGAAGCGUUGAGACAUAGUCAAGACUGCGUGUAA